GAUUUUUUGUAAAUUUUCUUUAAAUACAAUGUACAUAUAUUUUUCGAUAAAAACAGUUAAAACCUUACAAAUCCUUACAAAUUACGUAUGUAACUUAGAGUUCCAUCGAUUUUUUCUCAGAUUUUUAGAAAAGAAUGAUUAGUUUCCAGAUGUUCUCCUCCUGUACCUGGAUACACAGGUGGAGAACAGGAAUUAGUUCUCAUCAGACCGAUGACAAGAUAUCGUUAUGCUCCUCUCUCAGGUUCCUCUGGUAAAGACCAGACCCAGAGUAACCCAAACUAUUGUAUCAUCUUCAUCUCAUCCUUCUCAAUCUUCGUUCUUUCUGUCCUAGUGGCUACAGCAGCACUUAAACUUUAUGACAGACAUAGAACUAUAAAGAUUAAGGGUUUCGAACCUGUUCCUCCAACAGGAACAGAGAACGCUUCAUUCACAGAUAUUGUUCCAGUAUCCUCUUCCACACUAGAUUCAAAUACAAAGAUAGUAAAUCCAACCGGAGAAAAGGUAUUCUGGAGUAAGGAUAGAUGCACGACCAAACAUUGUCUUCGGGUUCUAAGUUCCAUGAACCUGGAGAUAGAUCCGUGCCAGGAUUUCUAUAAGUUCUCCUGUGGAAACUGGAGAAACAUUCAUCCCAGACCUACUGGGACGGAACACUGGACGAACUUUGUUCGGUUGGAUAGGAGAAAUGUUCAAACCAUUAGGAAAGGACUGGAGAAGAGAGGUAAGGUUAAACACACCUCUAAGAUCGUGAAGAAAACUCGUCUCUUCUAUAAUCAGUGUCUGGGUCGGGAUAAAAUAACAAUAUCCGAGUCUAAGAAGGAACUGGACGCGAUAUUCUCAUCAAUCAAAUUUAAACUCAGUGAUGAGAACCCCGGGACGGAUUUAGCGGAGCUUCUCGGAGAUCUUUUUACAAGGUUCGGAGUUCAACCCUUCUUCUCCCUGAGUAUAUCCAUCAGUGAUACAAAUUCAAGUUUACAUAUUCUCAAGAUGGACGAACCAAACCUAAUCUUCAGCUCCAGGAACUAUUAUUCUAAAGACGAGAGAAAUAGAACCCGACCUCUGCUGACCAACUAUAUCAAGGAUAUAUUUCAUCUGGUUGAGGACGGAUCUCCGGAGGAAGCUGUUCCUGAACUCUUGUAUCACAAUCUCACACAUCUAGAGUUUAAACUCGGUUCAGACGAAACUAAACCAGAAAACCACAGAAUCUUGGAACAUUCGUCGAACAUUUUAACAAUCCAGGAACUCCAGGAUAAAUACAACCUGCUGGAUUGGGGGAAACUGUUGAAUAACACUAUCCGGAGUAAAGAUGAUGAAACCUUGUCUAUGGAGACAAAAAUAAAUAUUAUCUCGGAAAGGUUUAUGGAGAGGGUUUCAGGCAAGAUAUCCAGUCUUCUGCAGAGCAAAGAAGGACGAGAGUUAAUAUCCUUGUUCUGUUUCUGGAAAGUUUAUGAAUCUUUGAUAGAAAAUCUCUCUCAUCAGUUCAGAUCUAUUCAACAAACAUUUAAGGACGAAGUUAAAGGUUACAAGAAAAGAGCCCGGAAGUCUAUAAGUUGGAUAACAUGUAUCCGAGAAACUGAAAGUAUGUUUAAAUACGUUCUAUCAAAUAUAUAUCUCAAGGAGACCAAUGGGUUUAAUUCUUCUGUAGUGGAAGAAGCAACUAAAAUACUUCACAGAGUUGGAACCAGUGUAGAGAAGAACCUGGAGAAGAAUACCUGGAUGGAUCUUGAAACUAAAACUGCAGCUGUAAACAAAUCCAAGAAGAUCCAUGGUUUGGUCGGAUUCUCAUCCAUUGUUGGAAAACUGAAAUCUUUGGAGAGAACGUAUGGAAAGAUUGAGAUAGGUUCAAGUUAUCUUGAAACUAAACUACUCUACAUGAGACACAAUCAAGCGCCAGACAAACUCUGGGACAAAUUACACAAGAACGUAUCUCCGCAUUUCUGGAUUUCCUCUCCGCAGAAGAUAAACGCUUUCUACGCUGCAGUUCUAAACCAGAUUAUAAUACCAUUCGGUAUCCUUCAAGAACCUUUCUUCUCUUCUCAUAGACCAGAGGAGCUGAACUAUGGUGGGAUAGGGUUCAGUUUUGGUCACGAGCUCUCCCACGGGUUCGAUGAUAACGGGCGGAAGUAUGACGGGGAAGGGAACCUGAAGGACUGGUGGAAUGAGAAGUCUCUGGCCGGGUUCAAGGAGAAGACCCUCUGCCUGGAGAAUCAGUUCGCUAACUAUUCCCUCUACAACAACAAGAUCAACCCUAGGAACACGCUGGGAGAGAUAAUUGCUGAUAAUGGUGGCAUAAAAGCAGCUUGGGAUGCUUUUAUCCAAUAUACUGAGGAAAAGGCUCAAAAACGAAGGAAAAGAGAAGAUGACAAUGAGGAUUGGGAUGAGGAUGAAAAUAAGGACCAGGACGAGGAAGAAGAGGAUGAUGAGGAUGAAAACAAGUUUGAAGAUGAAGAUUAUGAAGAGGAGUCUGAGGAUUUGGAGAUUAUCAGGCAAGAAUUAGGAUUCACUCCGGAGCAACUUUUCUUUAUCGGCUUCUCACAGGUUUGGUGUAAUGACAAUAGUCGAGAAUACGAGAUAUCCAAGAUGGAGUCGGAUCCUCAUCCGCCGAGUGAACUUAGAGUCAGAGCAGCAAUCUCAAACUCAGCAGCUUUUGGAUCAGCUUUCAGUUGUCCUCUCGGUUCUCCAAUGAACCCGGAGAAUAAAUGUGAUAUUUGGUGAACUCGGUGGAUCAUUCAUAUUUUGUGUAAAAUAAAAUAAAAAGUAUUCUGGUUUUUAAAACAUA